AUGGCAGAUCCCAAGGCAGAGGAGAUAGCCAGCUCAGAAGGUGGCCCCAAACCAGACCGCUCAUCCGUAGCUCGCGACACAGCAGCUAGCGAUGCCAAAAUGGAGAACAGCCUCGAAUUGAACAAAGCCAACAAAGUUCACACCACCGAUGCUUCAGAAGUAGCAGGCCAUCAAGGCAAAGGCACUGGCCUACUCGACAAGCUCACACCAGGCAAGAAAUGA